UCCCGCCCGCCUGCUGACUCACUCGGGGGCACCCGCGCCAGGGACUCCUGCCUUACGCCCUCCACCAGGGAUCCGAGAAUCUCUCACGCAUCCCAGCCGGCAGCUUACGUGGAGAAAACUCUUUCGCUGGAAACUCCUUUAAAACACACCGUCACUUCAAAUCUGGGAGCUCUUAGGAGAGAAAGAGAGAGAGAGAGAGAGAGAAAAAAAAAACUAUUGACAGGAGGUUUGACAACAAGACAGGAUGCCUCGUAAAGAGGGAAGACGCUAACUAGCGACGCGCAGAUGUGUGAGCCCUUAAAUUGUAGGAGAGGACAGCCAACCCAGAUAUCAGAGCACUAUAACCGAGCCACGUGGGAUCCCGCUGCUUCGAGACAUCAUGCAGAACAGUCACAGCGGAGUAAAUCAGCUCGGCGGUGUGUUUGUCAACGGGCGUCCGCUGCCGGAUUCCACCCGCCAGAAGAUAGUGGAGCUUGCCCACAGCGGAGCCCGGCCCUGCGACAUCUCCCGAAUCCUGCAGACCCAUGCAGAUGCAAAAGUCCAAGUGCUGGACAAUCAAAACGUGUCGAAUGGAUGUGUGAGUAAAAUUUUGGGCAGGUAUUACGAGACUGGCUCCAUCAGACCCAGGGCAAUCGGAGGUAGUAAACCGAGAGUAGCGACUCCAGAAGUUGUAAGCAAAAUAGCACAGUAUAAGCGAGAGUGUCCAUCCAUCUUUGCUUGGGAAAUCCGAGACAGAUUACUGUCAGAGGGUGUCUGUACCAACGAUAACAUACCAAGUGUAUCAUCAAUAAACAGAGUCCUUCGCAACCUGGCUAGCGAAAAGCAACAGAUGGGUGCCGAUGGCAUGUAUGAUAAACUAAGGAUGCUGAACGGACAGACAGGAAGCUGGGGCACGCGACCCGGGUGGUACCCGGGGGCUUCUGUGCCAGGACAACCCACUCAAGAUGGCUGCCCAUCCCAAGAAGGAGGCGGCGAAAACACCAACUCCAUCAGCUCCAACGGAGAAGACUCCGAUGAGGCCCAGAUGAGGCUUCAACUGAAACGAAAGCUGCAAAGAAAUAGGACGUCCUUCACCCAAGAGCAGAUUGAGGCCCUGGAGAAAGAAUUUGAGAGGACCCAUUAUCCAGAUGUGUUUGCCAGAGAAAGACUAGCUGCCAAAAUAGACCUACCUGAAGCCCGAAUACAGGUAUGGUUUUCCAAUAGGAGGGCCAAGUGGAGACGGGAAGAGAAGCUGAGAAACCAGAGGAGGCAGGCGAGCACCACACCCAGUCACAUCCCCAUCAGCAGUAGCUUCAGCACGAGUGUCUACCAGCCCAUCCCCCAGCCGACCACUCCCGUGUCCUCCUUCACAUCUGGUUCAAUGCUAGGCAGGACGGACACAGCCCUAACAAACACCUACAGUGCCCUGCCUCCCAUGCCUAGCUUCACGAUGGCUAACAACCUGCCUAUGCAACCCCCUGUCCCUAGCCAAACCUCCUCCUAUUCCUGCAUGCUGCCAACAACUCCGUCGGUGAACGGGAGGAGCUAUGAGACAUACACGCCCCCGCACAUGCAGACUCACAUGAACAGCCAGCCAAUGGGCACCUCUGGCACAACUUCCACAGGCCUCAUUUCACCUGGGGUGUCAGUCCCAGUUCAAGUUCCCGGCAGCGAACCUGAUAUGUCUCAGUACUGGCCAAGGUUACAGUAAAAACGUGCGCUAAUUUGGUCAUUGACUGUGUGGACCACAGUUGGACGUUCAGCAGUAUUUUCUAAAGGAAGGAGAGCAGUUUAAAAGUACUUCUGUCCUGCAACUGGGCCCUCUACUGUAACGCUUGGAAAAAGACUUUAAACACGGACCUUUGUCGACGGAAGGCGUUAUAUCAGUUGGAACAAAUCUUCAUUUUGGUAUCCAAACUUUUAUUCAUUUUGGUGUAUUAUUUGUAAAUGGGCAUUUGUAUGUUAUAAUCAAAAAAGAACAACGUAGACUGAAUGGAUGUUUGAUCUGUGUUGGUCAUGAAGUUGUUUUAAAAAGAGGAAGCCAUGAUCAACUGACUUUGCCACGAAUUGAAGAGUUUUAUCAAGAUAUAUCGAAUCCUUCUACCAAUCUGUUCAUAGGUUACGGACUGGCGUUCCGAGGUUGUAUCAUUCCAUUGCAUAUAAUUAUACCUGGGACAACACGCACUAGAUUUAUGUAAGAAAAAAAAAUAUCUGUCGGUAUUUCCAAAGGUUGUUAACAGAUGAAGUUUAUGUGCAAAAAAAGGGUAAGAGAUAACUUCAAGGAAGAAAAAAGUUGAUAGAUAAAAGGUAGAUUGUGUCUUCGAUAUAAUCCAAUUUGUUUUAUGUCAAAAUGUAAGUAUUUGUCUUCCCUAGAAAUCUCCCAGAAUGAUUUCUAUAAUAAAGUUAAUUUCAUUUAUAUUUGACAAGAAUACUCUAUAGAUGUUUUAUACACAUUUUCAUGCAUCAUACGUUUCUUUUUGGUCAGCAAAAGUUAAUUGUUCUUAGAUAUAGUUGUACUACUGUUCACAGUCCAAUCAUUUUUGUGCAUCUAGAAUUCAUUCCUAAUCAAUUAAAAGUGCUUGCAAGCGUUUUAAACUUAAGUGUUUUGAAGUUGUUCACAACGACAUAUCAAAAUUAACCAUUGUUGAUUGUAAAAACCAUGCCAAAGCCUUUGUAUUUCCUUUAUUAUACGAUUUUCUUUUUAACCUUA